GAGAGCAGCUUCUUGAGGUUUGUCUGCUGGUGUACUGAAAGGAUUUUUAUUUUGAAAUUUAAGAUAUGGGGUGUUGUUUUAGUAAAGAGCUUGGUCCAAAUUUGGUCAGUGAAAGGACAAGCCUCCUUCAAACGUCGUGUACUGAAAGCUGCUCAGUUGAUGGUUUCCGACAGUGUGCUUGCUCUGUGGCUGAACUGGCUGAAGAAAAGCCUCCUGAAUGUGGUAGAACAAAUGUACCUGUGGACACCAGAAGUAAUUCGUUUCCCACAAACCUAUCUGCAAGUCUUCAUCCCACUGAGAAGAGAAGCAGCAGUGUACAAGUUGGCACAGUGUUUAGGAAUGGACCUAAUGGAGACCGUUGUCUUUGUCAGCUUUCAAAACAUAAUGUGAACACUGGUAAAGUUUCAAAGGAUUCAGAUGGAGACAACAGUGACAUUGAUCCUAACACCCCUCGGAUUGUGCAGACAGAUGUGUUGAACUCUAUAAAAAAGAAUAUAUCUGAAAAUGCAGUGACAAGACCAGACUGCUUUUUUGAAGCUAAAUCAUCUCAUUGUUUAGAUUUACCAGGAACAAGCUGGAGAAAUUAUUGUGAGAACAUGACAACAGCAGCCACACUUGUAUCAAACAGCCAUUGCAUCAGAGCACCAUGCACUUUAGGCAGUCUGUGCUCUGAGGUCUCUGCUUUAAAAGAGGAGCAUGCACAGACACGGUCUGUUGCCAGGAAUAAUUUGGAGGUUUCAACCAUAUCUGGAGUUAUCACAUAUCCAUUCAAUACAGGCACAGGGAGCUAUGGAAAAUUUGAUGAUUUAGAUGAGCAGGAUUCUCAUUUGGUGACCUCAGAGCACCACUCCAAAAGAAGAACCCAGAGCUUCUACAGUAUUUGCUCAAUUGAUACCGAUGAUCUGGAAUGCACCAAGGUUUCUGACCUCAAUCCCAAUGCAAAGGCAUGGGCCAGUUAUAUGCCUAACAGGGAAACAUCAGGGCUGGCCUACACGCAUUCUCUCCAGUCAUGGGUAGAAGAUGGCAAUGACCCAUCAAAAACCAUCUCAGGAGGCUGUGUCAGCAGCAGUGACGAAGGGAAAUGGAAUGAAGAGCAACAGGUAUCUGUCUCAGUAACCCUACCAACAGCAUUGCCACCAGAGCCAGGAGAAAUGGGCAGCACAGCCAAUCAACUGCCACCUGGCUUACAGCAGAAAGUAGGAAUUGAUGGUUCAGACUCUUCCAGACAGCUUGAAGAUCUUAGAGAACAACUAAAGGCUACAUUAGAGUUUUGCCUCUCCCGGGAGAACCUAGCCAAUGAUAUGUACCUCAUCUCUCAAAUGGAUAGCGACCAGUAUGUGCCAAUUGUGACCGUGGCCAAUCUCGAUCAGAUCAAGAAGCUAAGCACAGAUGUGGAUCUUAUUGCCGAUAUUUUGAAGACGCUCCCUCUUGUACAAGUGGAUAAAUGUGGUGAGAAAGUGCGACCAAACCAGAAUCGGUGCAUCGUUAUUCUACGAGAGGUUCCCGAGGCCACUCCUCUAGAGGAAGUUGAAUUGCUUUUCAAGAGUGAUAAAUUGCCCAAAUUCGUCAAUUGUGAGUUUGCAUAUAAUGACAACUGGUUCAUCACCUUUGAGUCGGAGGCAGAUGCGCAAUUGGCCUAUCAGUAUCUCAGAGAAGAAGUGAAGACCUUCCAAGGAAAACCAAUAAAGGCAAGGAUAAAGGCCAAGGCCAUUGCUGUCAACACUUUUGUGCCAAAGAAUGGCUACCGGCCUGUGGACAUGUCAUCAAACAUUCAGCAGCGCUACCCGCCCUACUACAUCCCACCAGUGUAUGGGGCGCAUCAGCAGUUCCCCCCGCUCUACCGGCUAGUAGCUCCUCAGGGCUGGUCAGCAGCACAGAGCUACUUGGAUCCUAACUUGGUUUCUCCAUUUCCUAACCCUGGAUUCAUCAAUGGCUUUGCUGGCUCUCAUGCUUUUAAAUCAGCCACUGCACCUUUGACCGUCAGACCUUACCAACCAAGGAACAGGAAUCACAGUAAAAGCCAUGUUCGGCCCUCAGUGCCAGCUGCCGAGCGUGGAACGGCUCUGCUGGAGAACCCCAGCACUUUCAACACCCUGCCCUCAGACCAUAUUCCCAACGGGACUCGCAUAUUGCACACUCAGCAUAUGGGCGGCCGGCCUCGAUUACCCAGCGCACCGAGUUAUCCCCGUCGGGACCAGGUUGGUAGUGGACGAAUGGAGAUGAACGGCACCGACUACUCACCCAUCAUGGGUAGAGGAAGGCGAAAUGGCUAUGGGUACAAGAAAAGGAGAGAUGAUAAGUUUACGAAAGCGUCUGCACAGUCACCCCCUCCAGCCCCAGAACGCGUUCCGUCUCCAAGCUUUGAACUGGGCCUUUCCAGUUUCCCUCCCCUGCCUGGAGCCGCUGGCAUUCUGAAGGCGGAAGUAAAAACUGAGACCAGCUUGGAGAACCGACUGUCUGAUGUUGUUACUGGUGUGGCUAAAGAUAAGCCUCUAAAUAAGGAUGCAUCUACCAGCCGCAUGACUUCAGGAAUCCCCAAAGAAUCGGCAGGGACUGUUACUGCUCCCACUAUUCAGCCUCCAGUGGAGCAGCAGAUCCCAUCCUCUCCAGCCCACACAAGAUGCACAAUGAAAGCACAAGAGGGAAAACCCAAGGAGGUGGCAGCAUCUGCAGAGAGGACUUCAGUCCCAAACACUUCUAAAACUACUCCAGUCCAACUGAACAGUGCAGCCAUGGAGCCUCGGAAGCCAAGCUAUGCAGAGAUAUGUCAGAGGAUAAGGGAUGCCCCGACGCAGCAGCCCCCCGUUGAGCCCAAGCUGCCCGGCUCUUCCGUCGACGACUUCAGCUCCCUUGACUCCGCCGAGCCAAGAUGCAGAGAAGCUCGGCUGGUGACCGCCAGAUCAGUGGCGGCGCCACCACCUCGCCCUCGAGACGUCUGGAAGCCUCAGCAGGGAGCUGGAGAUACGUCUGCCUCCUCAUCCCAAUCCUGAGGGGGAUUCGCUGCCCGGACUGAGGUGUAAACACUCCCGGGACAGGCAGGGCCGCUCUGCGUGCCUCCCUGUCUCUCUGCUCUACUGUAAAUGCUCGUCUGUCAGCGACUGUCACUGGAACCAGGGCCUGCGGAUGAAAGCACUUUGGGGUGCAUAUGGAUUCUUUAUGCUUUUCUUGUUUCGCAUUUCUUCUGUUUUGCUUUUCUUGUUUUCCUCUGUUGAGAUCAUUUUUCCCUGUAUGUUUCCCACCUCCCAAUUUUCUUUUUAAAGAUGUUGAAAAACUGGCCCUGAUGUGGAGGUUUUUUUUGGGGGGGUUUAUUUGUUGUUGUUUUUUUUCAACUAACUUUUUGAAUUGACUUUAUUUUUCCAGAACUCAAGAUUUUUGUUGUUAAAGACUAACAUAGUGCUGGUAAUAGAAAAUACUGACUUUGAAUUAGUGCUGAUCUUGAACUUCUUCUUUUUCUUCUUUUCCCUUUAGAUUUUUUUAAAAUCAACAUGUAUAUAAUUUUGUAACCACCAGUGCACUGGCACUGACUGUGCUGGUCUUAUUGUGUUGUGCUUUUCUACAGAAGGCUGAACAGUUGUAGCUGUCAUGCCUGCAUGAUUGAGAAGUUCUGCAAGUCCAUUUUUUGUUCAGUUUUUAUGUAUUAAUGUACUGGCACUGGAGUAUAGUUUUGAGCUCUGAUUUUCAUUUUAAAACCAGCACAUGAUAACCCUUUUCCCCCUUCUUUUCUUCCUUCCCCCCCCCCCCCCCCCAAGUCCUUUGUACUGAUAUGGUAAGAUAGCUGAUGUAAUUAUUAACUUGUCUUGUGUGCAUGCCUUUUUUAUAUAUUUUGUUUUUUUUUGUUUUUUUUCCCUUCUUUUUUAAGUCUUUUAAUAGAUUCUCCACAACCCCGUGUUGUUUAACAAACAUCUGAGCCCAUGUGUUCAGACAUCCAAAUAGGAACAGCUUUCCCAUGUCCGUUAGCACACUCGCUACUCUUCAAAAGGCAAGAAAAGGUUCCAGUCCAGUACUCUUACAAUGAGACAUUUAAAAUAUGACGCACAUCUCCUGAUCAAUUCUGGAAGACCUGCACACUGAUCGAAGUCCUCAGGGUGUGAGGGUGGCGUGUGGUAAUGUGCCUAGUAUGCUUUUGUCUAAUAAAGUACAGCUUUCUUGUAAUCUGCUUAAUAGAGUUGUAUGCUGGUGUGGUGAUAUGGUCUGUCACUUGGUAAGUUUGGUUUUGUUUAAUUGCUAAAAAGGGAGAGGGGUGGGAGAGGUGUUUACUUGCACCUGGUAUCUGCAGAAAGUGGGAAUUACAGAUGUGAAUCUGAAGUUGUGCAUAUAUAUUUUACCUUAGUUGAGAUCUAAGUCUCCUGCACGCAAGGACCAGUGGCAUAUAUGUAGUGUCUCUUUCUGCAAUCUGUUUUUUUUUUUUUUUUUUUUUUGGUGGGGGGGGGGGGGGGGGUCUGGCAUCAGGCAGAGUCCUUUCCUGUGUGUUUUGUUUUUUCUUGUUGAGCAGAGCAAAUAUAGUUGCUAGAAAUUUUCAUGUUGAACAUCUGUCUCUCUCUGUCUCUGAGAGCUCUAUCUUCCUCAUGGUCCCCUUUUUUUUUUUUUUUUGACAUUUAGAAUGCAUUUAACCCAUUACAAAUAAAGUAAUGAAGGUUUGAUUACAGAAAAAAAACAUUUUAAGAUGUACAAAAACAUCAUUAAAUUAACAGCAUUUGAAAACUUGAAUUUUAUUUAAACUUGAAAUUGUCUCUGCCUUAACUUUUUAGAAGAGAGUUUGGAAUUAGUUUAAGUUCCCUAAAAGGUAGUCUCAAAUGGAGGAUGAUUUGGAUGUUUUCUCGCAGCCUUGUUCACUGCAUUUGUGUAGCACAAUAGUCGGGGUCGAAAUAGGAGGAUUUUUCUUUCUUUCUUUUUUUUUGUGUAUAUGCUUAUGGUCAAAACUGUAAUGUGUGCACUUGGAAAUGUGUGCUUUCACUGUACAAAUGUAAAUAAUUGGAAACAUUUAAAAAAAAAAAAAAAGGUACACUUAAAUUGGUUAUGAGCAAGAUGUAUUAAAAUAAAUGUCCAUGAGAAAAUGGAUGCCAAUUAAGUA